GCGCGCUGGCCGGGUGGGCGGAGGCCGAGCGCUCCGCCGCAGUUCGCCGCGCGUCGCCUGCCGGCCCGCCAUGCGCCCGCCGCCUCGCGCCGCUCUCGGGCUGCUGCUGCUGCUGCUGCUGCUGCCGCCUGACGCCGCCCGGAAGCCGAUUCCCUGCCAGCGGUGCCGGGAGCUGGUGGACAAGUUCAACAAGGGGAUGGCCAACACGGCCAAGAAGAACUUCGGCGGUGGCAACACGGCCUGGGAGGAGAAGACGCUGUCCAAGUACGAGUUCAGCGAGGUUCGACUCCUGGAGAUCCUGGAGGGCCUGUGCGAGAGCAGCGACUUUGAGUGCAACCAGAUGGUGGAGCAGCAUGAGGAGCGGCUGGAGGCCUGGUGGCUGAAGCUGAAGAAAGAGCACCCUGACCUAUUUGAGUGGUUCUGUGUGCAGACGCUGAAAAUGUGCUGCUCUCCGGGUACCUAUGGGCCAGACUGCACUGCAUGCCCAGGAGGGUCCGAGAGGCCCUGCAGCGGGAAUGGCCAUUGUAAUGGAGAUGGCAGCAGACAAGGAGAUGGGUCUUGCCAGUGCCACGCUGGAUACAAGGGGCCACUGUGCCUGGACUGCAUGGAUGGCUACUUCAGCUUCCUGAGGAACGAGAUCCAAAGCGUAUGCAGAGCCUGUGAUGAGUCCUGCAAGCUGUGCUCAGGCCCGACCAACAGAGACUGCCAUGAGUGUGAAGUGGGUUGGACGCGCGUGGAGGACUCCUGUGUAGAUGUGGAUGAGUGUGCAGCAGAGAUGCCUCCCUGCAGCGACAUGCAGUACUGUGAGAACAUCAAUGGCUCAUACACGUGUGAAGAAUGUGAUUCCACCUGUGUGGGCUGCAUAGGAAAAGGCCCAGCCAAAUGUAAAGAAUGUGUCACUGGCUACACAAAGGAGAGUGGACAGUGUACAGAUGUAGACGAAUGCUCACUAUCAGAAAAAGCAUGUAGGAGGAAAAACGAAAACUGCUACAAUACUCCAGGGAGUUUUGUGUGUGUGUGUCCUGAUGGCUUUGAAGAAACAGAGGACGCUUGUGUGCCAGCAGCUGAGAGCGAAGUCGCAGAGGAAAACCCCACUCCACCGUCCUCCCACGAGGAUUUGUGAUGUGCACCUGGCGUCAGAAGCUGGACUCGCCCUUUAAGUUAUUCACAUGAUGUCCCAUAGGAAAUGCAGCCAGUGGAUGGUGACCCCAUUUCUCAGGUGGGCGUGGAGGGAGAAGCUGCCUGCUGUGGAGAAGUUGAUAACUAUUUGGCCCUUAUAAAAGCUGCAUUUCUUGGUUGUUAAACAGAUUCGUAUAUUUUGAUACUGUUCUUUAUAAUAAAAUCGACCGAUGAAGGUAGUCAGGAACAGGAUGUA